CGAUCCGCCAUUUUUUUUUCUUUCUCCAGCGUGUUUUCGUAGAGUGAAGGUUAGAGCAAUUGUUAUCUGUAUUUUUUGUGAAAAUCCGUAAUAUUUGACGGAUAUAAUUAUUAAAAAUUGAUGGCACCCAGGUACGAAUUGGCCGUCGGCCUUAACAGAGGUCACAAAACGACAAAAAUUCGCGUGGCCAAAAACAAAUCUGAGAAGAAGAAGACUGUCGCGAUUCGUCCGGCCAGGCUAAAGGGGCGUCAAACGAAACACAGUAAAUUCGUUCGCGAUUUGAUUCGUGAAGUUACCGGACACGCUCCUUAUGAAAAGCGCGCUAUGGAAUUGUUGAAGGUUUCCAAGGAUAAGCGUGCGCUUAAAUUCCUCAAGAGAAGGUUGGGAACACACAUUCGUGCUAAAAGGAAGCGUGAAGAACUAGGAAACAUCCUUGUUCAAAUGAGAAAAGCUGCUGCUCAUCAUUAGCAGUUUUAUUUGUAAGAAAAUUCCUUUUUUAAGUCAAUAAACAUCUGUGACAAAA